UUUUGUUUCAAUGUGCAUAUUGCAAAAGCAUGUGCAUUGUUCAAGGCUGAAGACAAGAAGCAUAGGAAGUUUACCUUGAUGCAUUGCUGGAAUAUCCUGAAGGAUAAGCCCAAGUGGAUGGAAAAAGGCAAGGAAGUUGGAUGUGCCAAAAAACAAAACAAUAAGAAACAAAAGACAGUGCCAAAUUCAUAUAUUGAAUUAGAUCCCCCUGCCGCCCCUCCUGUUGGUGGUUCUGAUUCUCAACUAUCAGGAAGACCUGAAGUAAAGAAGAAGGAGAAACAGAAGCUACGGCAACGUUCCACUGUCGAAGCUGUUGACUAUCUAAUGGCAAAGAAGAAAGAAGCUGACCAUGACAAAGAGUUGAAGAAAGAAGAGAGGUGCAACAAAGCCUUUGCUCUGCAGGAAGAAAGGAUCAAAUUGGAGAAAGAAAAGUUUGAGUUCCAAAGACAGCAGGAAGAGGAUAGAAUUCUUGGUUUGGAUCUGAGCACAAUGAACUACAAACAACAACAAUAUUAUGAAGGGCGUUAGAAUGAGAUUAUUGCAAGACGUUUCAAUAUCUAGAUGUGUCUAGUUUUAGUCCAGUUUCAGUUUGAGUUUAGUUUUAGCACAAUUCUAGUUUGAGUUCAGGUUCUGUUCUGUUCUUGUCAUGAAACUAUUGGAGUGAAGUGUCAUGAAACUAUUAUGUUCUCAUUUAUUCAGUUCUCAA